AUGUCCGUCUUCGGAACUAGAAACUGUCCGACUUGCCGAGAAAUGGGAGACAAGAAAGCAGGGAGGCUAACACUUCUACAUUCCUUUCUUUCUUUCUUUCCUUCUUCCUUCCCUUCUUUCUUUCUUUCUUUCUUUCUUCCCAUCAUUCUUUCUUUCUAUCUUUCUUUCUUCCUUCCCUUCUUUCUUUCUUCCGUUCUUUCUUUCUUUCUUUCUUUCAUUUACUCACUGAAUCCAUAUAGACUUUUCUUUCUUUCUUGUUUCUUUCUUUCUUUCUUUCUUUCUUUCUUUCUUUCUUUCCUAUUUCUUUCUUUCUUUUUUCUUUGUUUGUUUGUUGCUUUCUUUCUUUCUUUCCUAUUCCUCUCCUAUUUCUCUAUUCUUUCUUUCUUUCUUUCUUUUUUUCUUUCUUCUUUCUUUCUUUCUUUCUUUCUUUCCUAUUUCUUUCUUUCUUUUUUCUUUGUUUGUUUGUUUGUUGCUUUCUUUCUUUCUUUCUUUCCUAUUCCUUUUCUAUUUCUCUAUUCUUUCUUUCUUUCUUCUUUCUUUCUUUCUUUCCUAUUUCUUUCUUUCUUUUUUCUUUGUUUGUUUGUUGCUUUCUUUCUUUCUUUCUUUCCUAUUCCUUUCCUAUUUCUCUAUUCUUUCUUUCUUUCUUUCUUUCUUUCUUUCUUUCUUUCUUUCUUUCUUUCUUUCUUUCUCACCGAAGCCGAACAGCCCAUUUCUUUUCUUUCGCGAAAGAAAUUGAUUUAUUUCUUCUUUUGUUGUGUUUCAUUCCUGUGUUUCAUGUGA